AUGGCUUUUGUCUUUUACAAGGGCAGUUUGCUCUUCCUAGGCAUGGCCGCCGUGCAGGGCAAACUCUACGCCAACUCCUUCCUUGCUACGUUGAAUGCUCGACAGCACUUGAAUAGUCCUCGAGGCAUCGCAGCAGGCGACGCGAUCACUAUAGGUUCGCUGCUGAAAAGAUUGCCGGGGGAGAUAGGUACGCGACACCAGGAGAUCUAUCAGACGGUCACGAAAGCCACGCACGACGACUCCGCGCAAGGCAUCGACGUAGGGUCCAGUGUGACUGAAGUCCCGAGCAUGUGGAUAUGGGCGUGGACGGCGCGGACGGGCGCAAAGUCCAAAUUUUGGUCUAAUCCAGAUGCCAUGACCGUGAUUGAAUGCUCCCAGGGAUCGCAUGGAUUAAUGUAG